AUGGGCAGUCAAGCAGUUUAUCCCGAACUAGUCCUGGAGCCAAGUACACAGUAUCCACUUGAUGAUAGACAAUCAAAGAAGGUAUGUAGACGUGGCCUGGCCAUAUGUACGGGCAAGGUUCCGAGAAGGUUAACUUUACCAAGGCUUCCAAGCCGGCCGCCAUCUCCGACUGCGAAAGCCGUAUCGACAUGGGAUGAAGUGAUCCCCAAUGAGAACCACAUUAUGCAAGACGUUCCGAUUUCCGAACAGAGCCUCAAGGACCAGGACGCUUAUUUUUCGGAACCCGCAUACCCAGCGCAGGAAGUGCUUUACGCGGCUGCUAACGCGGUACGCGGAGAAGGCUCGCAAUUUGUUCUAUGGGACUAUGAAACAAUACGGCUUCAGGUCCGACCGGUGCGAAUGGUCUCUAUUUCAAGCGCAGCUACAACUGGCAUGCUCCAAGAAUGCGCCAAUGUUGGAAGCUACGUUCGCCGAUUGCGAUAUGUAGUCACCCGGAUAGAAAGUUCACAGGCCAAUCAAAUCUUAUUAGCCUUGGCAAGUGCAAUUGAGGACGAAGUUGACAGGAUCAUUCAAAUAGAGCUGGAUACGCGGCACACUCUUGGCCUGCUCUCGUCCAUCCAAGAGCCUGCGAAUAUGGCCUAUUUGCUGGCCAGAGUUGUGGGUUGUGCGGACCUUUCAGUCGCAGCAGAGCUGCGAUUACUACCUUCGACUCCACAUCUACUCAAUACGGCGUACAAUGAAAUGCUGCGCAUUCAACUGGAGCCGGUAAAGUACGCUGUGUUAUGGAAAAUUGUCGGCCGCACCAUCGAGCCUUGGUUGGCUCAACUAAACCGUAUGCUAGGGUCUGACCCAUCUAUAUUCAGUAUUCCUGCUGAAGUUAUGGUAGCGGACUUUCUGCCUGACAUGUUCAUCGUGAGACAGGGCCCAUUUUUUGCUCUCGACCCGUCCCGACUCCCCAAAUUUAUGUCCUCACGUAUAGCCCAGCUCGCAGUUGAAUGUCUGAACUGCGGACUCAUUUUGAAAUACUUGACACCAAGCCUUGAAUUGCCUAUUGCAUGGUUUUCGUGUUUUCAUGCAAGCUCUUCUCUAGGGCUCAAUUAUGGUAUGAGUUCUGAUCCAUUCAACCCUGGCCAUCUCGAUUCCGAGUACACCGCACCACCCCGAACUAUUUCCAAUGGCACACCAAAAGAUCCCGAGCUUGCCAUGUUUGCGUUGGUUCAGCCGAUUGAACAGCGCCAUGCAGUGCUGAACGCGGCGGCCAUGGAAAUGCUGUCGCAUAAGCUCGAGCCUGUAACUCUGAAGGGCCAUGCAGAUAUCCUCGUCAAUAUAUUCUGCUUGAAGAACGGUAACCUUUUUGCAUCUUUACAAAACAAUAUCGAGACUCUGAAUAAAGAAUCCGAUGCAGCCAAAUGGGAGCUUGCAGCCGACGCCGUCAAGGAAACGCUCAUCCGCACAAUCGAGCAGCUCGAGUUACCGCCGCAUUGUGUAAUAUUCAACUUCAAACGACCUAACGAUAAGUCUUUGACCUCCCCGGUUUCGCCUGUAUACGUUGUUCCUGCACCAGCGGAUAUGAUUCUCACACCGGAAAUCGUGCAUCACUCGACUAUCAUUUUCCACAUACUAAUCGAGCUGCAAACUUCCGUCCAGAAUGCAAUUAAAACCAACGAUCGAGUUGAGACGCAAAAGUUGUUCAGAGACCUGUUUGACAUUUCAUUGGUGGUGUCGACCUUCUCCAACGAUCUGGCUGCAGCUCUCAAUAACCAAGACCAAAAGCUGGCAGGUCUUAUAAACGCAUUCAGCCAGAUAUCUAAUGUCGCUACGAAUAUCCGCCAGAUAAUUGGCAAAGAGAGAAAAAGAUAA